AUGUUCCCUCGCCGCAGCCUCGACCAGGUCUUCGCGGUGCUGCUGAUGAGGUCGGGCUACGAGGCGGUCGCCGCGUUGAAUUUCGUCCCCAUCGAUCAGUUCCAGGUUCAAUUCUGGAAGUUCCGCGCGAGCGAGCAGGAGCCGUACAACCUGCUCUACUCCCCGCUCUCGCCGCGCCUGGGCGACCUCACCGACCCGCUGUACUUCGAUUUUAUCAGCUUCUCCCAGUGGGCCGCGGCAUCGCAGGCCAUGCGGCCGGGCGUCGCGCAGGCGUCCUUCAAAGAGCCCUGCGAGAGCUGCCCGGACAUGACGUACGUCCCGGUGACGCGCAACCCCGCCUACCUCGACGACAGCAAGCUCCCGCAGUACCUCAUGCGGAUCUGCGGCGACCUCAUCUACUCGGGGCUCCGGGACGGGUUCAGGGGCCAGACCUUCCCGAAGACCCCGCAGCCGCUGUCCUCGAAGAAGUUCAACGCGGCCGACCUCGAGGCCGGCCUGGCCGGGUGCCUCGGGACGUUCGAAGAGAAGGGCUUCUGCAUCAAGGCGCGGGCGUCGGAGGUGGAGGCUGUGUCGGACGGCAGCUGCCGGGCGCGCUUCACGGUGACCACGGAGGGGCCCGCGAGCCUGUGGUCGGUGUCUGCGCUGCGGUCGCGCGGGGUGCAGAUGCUGAACGCCUACGACGCGCUAGCAGUCGAGGGCUGGCUGCGUGCUGGCGGGCUCCAGUCCAAGUACACGCUAGACCUGACCAACGACGGAUACGUUACACGCUGGGAGGUCCUGUGA